CAAUCGAGGAAUUAUAGUCUCUAAAUUAUUAAGAUCUGAUUUUUUUUAAAAAGUGUUAUAAUAUCUAGCUGUGAUGCAGUAAAACUAUAUUUAUGUCCAAUGGUUCCGGGCCCAGUGGGUCCGGCCCUGCCCUUGGUAGAGACCAGGAUCAGUACAAAAUUGUUUCUCAAUAUCCUGGUUACUACCAGGGUUCAAGAUUACCAGGUGUAUCAGACCUCUCCGGGUACCCGGGGAGUAUACCAGGGUUCCGCCCUGGACCUAGAACCUCCGCCAAAUUUCCGCCAGCUUUAUACAGAAAUCCGAAUGCACCGGAUUGGCAGACAACUAAAUGCAAGGUGACCGAGCGGGGUAAACAUCUACUAGAAACCGGUUUAUGGUCGGACUGUGAGUUUAUCGUAGGACUACCUCCUAAUUUCAAGAUAUUCCAUGUGCACAAGAUGUUCCUGGCCAUGUCCUCCCCUGUGUUUGAAGCAAUGUUCUACGGAGGUUUGGCGGAGACUAAACGAGAGAUUAAAAUCUCUGAUGUUCAACCUGAUGCUUUCUCUUGUAUGCUCGAGUAUAUAUAUACUGAUGAAGUAAACCUUGCCAGUUUUGAGCUUGUUUGUGAUAUCUGCUAUGCUGCUAAGAAGUAUAUGCUCCCUGAGCUUGUUGAAGAAUGUACUAAAUUUCUCUGGAGAGAUCUCUACCCUAGGAAUGCCUGCCGUAUUUAUGAAUUUGCCAAACUUUUUGAAGAGCCCAUCCUAUUAGAGAAAAGUUUACAGAUUAUAACAAAUCAAACUAUUGAGAUAAUAAAUGAACCCUCCUGGGAGGAUGUAGAACAAUCAACUUUACAGAUUUUUCUGUCCCGAGAUACUUUAUCUGCCCCUGAAGUUUUACUAUUUGAUGCUAUAGAUAGAUGGUCAACUAAAGAGUGUGAAAGACGAGGUGUAGAAGUCUCACCGGAGAAGAAAAGAUUCGUUCUGGGAGAAGCACUGUUUCUAAUUAGGUACCUGACACUAACUGCUGCUGAGUUUGCUGCCGGUCCAGCAAGAUCUGGACUUCUUACACAACAGGAAAGUUUUGCUAUUCUAAUGAAUAUUUCUUGUCCUGGUUCCUGGGAUUUACCUAAACAUAUGAACUCAAUAACAGAGGUAAGGAAGGGUCCAAGUGUACAAGCAGCCUCUGAUCUAGAUCUAGGAACUAAACUCUGGUGUAAACGAGCAAUGAUGCAGGAGCCUCAUUGCUUGAACACUUCUAUACUGGAUUGUAGUGUCACCUUCACAGUGGAUAGAGAUGUUUGGAUCCAUGGAAUAGAAGUACCAAGUCAGGUGACUGAUAUACCUGAAGGAGUACCCCUGGAAGGAGUAGAACUCCUACAAGGGGAAGGAUAUAAUGAACUACUAUACUCCCAUCUACUAGAUGGGGAGGGAACUCGACUCACAUACACACACUUCACUGCUAAGGUGAAUUGGAACUCUAUGAUUGAGAUCUGCUUUAAUAGAUCUGUAAAGAUACAAGCCAACAGGGUUUACAGGAUAGGCAUGGUGCUUAAUAAGGUUGGUUGGUAUCCUAUGGGUGUUUGUACCCGACGCGUAAACUGUGAUGGUAGUUUCUUCACCUUCUGUGUCGGUCAACCCAAUGACACGCAACGGGAUGGCCUUAUUAGGUCGAUAAUAUUCUCAAGAUAGCAUAUAAGUGAAAUCUAUGGUCUGGAGCAGAGAUAGAGACUAUUCUGAAUUAUCUUCAGGAUUUUUAAAGAAUAAAUUUGCUUCUUUUUCCUAUAUUAUAAUUAUGUAGCCGGAGUAUGCCCCCCCCCCCCCCAUCCUCCGACCAUCCAAAUAAAAACAGAUUUUUGCUGAAAACUCAGGUUCUACUUUGAGGGACUGUCCUUGUAAUUUCAAGUCACAUUCUAUUUUUAAAAAUUCAAACUGUUUCUUUGUCCGACCAAAAAUGUUGUCUGGUUAUUUAUAAUUUACAAUUCUACUUAGUUGUCAGAAUUUAACACUUCAAGCUAGAAAACGAGAUUUCUUCCACAUCAUCGAACAGAUUAUGGUUUAAAAGGUUCCGCUGUGGAUCUGAAAUGCUUCUUAUGAAAUGAAGGGUAA